GAAUAGGUUAUACGUUAGACGUGACGACAGGUCAACGCAAAUACGGCGGACCACCACCUGAUUGGACAGACCCUCCGCCCCCUCCCGGGUGUGAGAUAUUUGUGGGCAAACUUCCCAAAGAGAUAUACGAAGAGGAGUUGAUUCCGUUGUUUGAAAAAGUGGGCAAAAUAUGGGACUUGAGAUUAAUGAUGGAUCCCAUCAGUGGUCUCUCCCGAGGCUAUGCUUUUGUCACAUAUUGUACUAAAGAUGACGCACAAAGUGCUGUCCAACAAUACGACGGGUAUGAGAUCCGGAAGAGUAAAGCCUUAAAAGUGAACGUUUCGGUGCCAAACCUGAGGCUAUUUGUAGGAAAUAUACCAAAAAGUAAAAGUAAAGAAGAGAUUUUUCAAGAGUUCACAAAACUCGCCGGAGGCCUUUCAGAAGUAAUAGUUUAUAGCUCUCCGGAUGACCGCAAGAGGAACCGAGGGUUUUGUUUUUUAGAGUACGAGUCCCAUAAGUCGGCCUCACUGGCCAAACGUAAGCUGAGUACUGCGCGCACCAAAGUGUGGGGAUGUGAUAUACUGGUCGAUUGGGCCGACCCUCAGGAGGAGCCCGACGAGGAGACGAUGUCCAAAGUUAAAGUGCUUUACGUCCGCAACCUUACCACUGAUGUCACUGAAGAACAACUCAAACAACUCUUCGAAGAGUUCGGAUCCAUAGAGAGAGUGAAGAAAAUCAAAGACUAUGCGUUCGUUCACUUCGAGGACAGAAAUCUAGCGCUAAAAGCCAUGAAUGGUCUGAACGGCAGGGAUGUUGGCGGCGCUCACAUUGAGGUCUCGCUCGCAAAACCUCCCUCUGAUCGCAAGAAGAAGGAGGAGGUGCUCAGGAAUAGGGAAAGACGUGUUAUGCUUAUGAUGCAACAGAGGGCUAUGAUUGUUGGGGCGCCACGUGGACCGCCAGCACUGCCACUACAACCGCCUCCACCUCCGCCCCCACCACUCAUUCCUCAGACGCGUAACACCAGAGGCCGUAACGCACAGCCAAUGGCUUCACUGCCAUCUCCAUCAGCCUAUCGACAACUCGGAGCUCGAAAUUACGACUACGAAUGUGGUUAUUAUGGUUUUGAUGAAUACCCUGGGCCACCUCAUUAUGAGUAUUCAGCACAUUUUAGCGGUGACGGCUAUUACCACCAGAAUAUGCUGUCCGCCCACUCGCACGCACCACCACCUCUGCCAUCCACACCAUUCCAACCACACUCUCACUCGAACUCAAAGACCAGGGCUUCGCGGGCCGCUCAGGGGUGGAAUUCGUGGUACAACUUCUAUGACCCCAAUGGCUGGUGGUUUGGCAGUACGCGGACGGGCGCGCAGUUCGGCUUCACAUCAUCACAACAACAGGGCUCCGGUUGGGGUCAGUACGGCAAUGGGUCAGUACCUGCACAGGCCAUCACAUCAGGCUAUGGACGUCGCAGUCUAUGGCAACCAAACAAUGGGAGCAAAAAGUGGAGGAAAACGCAGACAAACGGCGCAAAGAAGAGCUUCAAAACUAGUGGUGCUUUGGGAGGGCAGUGGUAUGACGACCAGUUCGCCACUAAUCUCGAUGACAGUUGGCCUCAAACCUAA